GCGGAAGAAGUUGCCUGCCUCUCGGCGUCCGGACGGCGUGGUCUUGGGGGCUGCACUUCCAAGUGUCAUUCAAGAAGACUGGAGCUUGUCGCUCUGUAAAGGACUUUAACGCUCCUCCAGACGAAUUACCAGCGGGGACCCGCCCGGGCCCAGCGGCACGUUCCUAGUGACGCCAUCGCGAAGGUCCACUGCCCUCUGCUGGGCGUGGGGACGCAGUGCCGAGCGCCGGUGACGGACUUGGCGAGGAAGAGAACCCAGCCUGUAAUGAGGAAUGGAAUUGACACUGGAAAUGGCAAGAAGUCUUUUGAAGACAUCAUCUUUAUCUAUGAGGACAAAAUUACUACAUCAAACGGGAUUGACACUUUACAAUACAUCCCAUGGGUUUCAUGAGGAAGAAGUGAAAAAAAAACUUGAGCAGUUUCCUGGUGGAUCCAUUGACCUUCAGAAGGAAGACAGUGGCAUUGGCAUUCUUACCCUGAACAAUCCAAGUAAAAUGAAUGCCUUCUCAGGCGUUAUGAUGCUACAACUUCUGGAAAAGGUGAUUGAAUUGGAAAAUUGGACAGAGGGGAAAGGUCUCAUUGUCCGAGGGGCAAAAAAUACUUUCUCCUCAGGAUCUGAUCUGAAUGCUGUGAAAGCACUAGAAACUCCAGAGGAUGGAAUGGCUUUAUGUAUGUUCAUGCAGAACACCUUAACAAGAUUUAUGAGACUCCCUUUAAUAAGUGUUGCACUGAUUCAGGGUCAGGCCAUAGGUGGAGGAGCAGAAUUUACUACAGCAUGUGAUUUCAGAUUAAUGACGCCAGAGAGUGAGAUCAGAUUUGUCCACAGAGAGAUGGGCAUAAUUCCAGGCUGGGGCGGUGCUACCCGCCUAGUUGAAAUAAUUGGCAGCAGACAAGCUCUCAAAGUGUUAAGUGGGGCCCUCAAACUGGAUUCAAAAAAAGCUUUAAACAUAGGCAUGACUGAAGAGGUCCUGCAGUCUUCAGAUGAAACUGAAUGUCUAGAAGAGGCACAAGAGUGGCUAAAGCAGUUUAUCAAAGGGCCACCGGAAGUAAUUAGAGCUUUGAAAAAAUCUGUUUCUUCAGGCAAAGAGCUUUGUUUCGAGGAGGCAUUACAGAAUGAAAGAGAUCUUUUAGGAACAGUUUGGGGUGGACCUGCAAAUAAAGAGGCUAUUGCUAGGAGAGGAAAAUUUAAUAAAUAAUUUUUAAAAAACUCCAAUAAAUUCAUAUUUGUAAAGUUAAAUAUUAAAUCAUAAUACCAGAAUUACUUUGAAGGCUACACUUAGAAUUUGAUUUAAUAAUUUCUUGAAUAUUUGAACUCAUUGACCUAGUUUUCAGUAUAUUUGGAUAAUUACCAAGUAAUCUAGAACAUUUGCCUAAAAUAUACAACAUUUUGAUUUAAAAUGAUCAAUUUCCAUAGUUUUAGCCCGUAACAAAAGACCAGUUUUUAAAAGGAAAAACCUCUCCACAGAACCUAUUCCUGGAUUAUUUUUCAUGGUCUGUGUUCUGUCUUACCUGGAGAUAAUUUACAAAAAUAACAAUGAAAUUUGCACUAAAGAACAAAAGUGGAAGAGGGGUCAAGGAACAAGAUAACAAGAGGUAUGGUUAGUCAUUUUCUUCUGCUUUAAGUAGUGGUAAUAGGUAGAGAAUUGGGGAGAGAUGCUGGGUUGGCUCAGUUAGUGAAGCAUGCGACUCUUGAAACUGGAAUUGAGUUGGAGCCUCAUGUUCAGUGUAGAGAUUACUUUAAAAAAUAAUGUUUAAAAAGAACUGAGGGAUGCCUGGGUAGCUCAGUCGGUUGAGCAU